AUGUUUGCACAACCAAAUUAUUGGUGGAAUGCAGGUGAAGCGUUUGGAGGUCUUGUUGAUUAUUUCACAUUCUGCGACCCUAAAAACGAGACAUUGCAAAAUCUAAUCCAUGAUGGGAUGUACCAUCAAGCUGGAGAAAAUUAUAACUACAUUCCUUCAAAUCAAUCAAUGACCGAGGGUAAUGAUGAUCAAGGAGUUUGGGGAAUGGCUAUAAUGGAAGCCGUUGAGCGGAAUCUCACUAAUCCAGAUCUGCAUUCUUGGUUAGAAAUGGCUCAAGCAAUUUUCAAUACAAUGAAUGCGCGAUGGGAUACUGAGCACUGUGGCGGUGGUUUAAGAUGGCAAAUAUUUACUUGGAAUUCUGGUUACGAUUACAAAAAUUCGAUUUCGAAUGGUUGUCUUUUCCAUAUGGCAGCAAGAUUGGCCAGAUAUACCGGUAAUGAUACUGUAUACAUUGAGGCAGCUGAACGAGUUUGGAACUGGAUGGAUGAUGUCAAAUUUUUGACUGAGGAGGACAAUGGUAAUUUCCGUGUUUACGAUGGUGCCAAAAUAGAUGGUAACUGUACUGUGGUCACCAGUUUGAGAUGGUCAUAUACCUAUGGAGUCUUCAUGACGGGUUGUGCUUAUUUGUAUAAUUUCACGGGUGAUGAAAUUUGGAGAACUCGUACUGAAGAGAUUGUUGAAGCUUCAUUGUCUUAUUUUUUUACGCCUGAGCAAAUCAUGCAAGAAACAACAUGUCAACCAAGCAACUUGUGUAAUAAUGACCAAAGAUCGUUCCGCUCUUUAUUUUCACGUUGUCUUGGGUUAACUAUGUUAAUUAUUCCUGAACUUGAACCUCAAAUUAGACCAUAUUUGGAGAAAAGCGCUGUGGCUGCAGCCCAGUCAUGUUCCGGUAGUUAUGAUCAAGUCACUUGUGGUGAAAACUGGUCUUUCAACGGAUGGGAUGGAGUGUACGGAUUGGGAGAACAAAUGUCUGCUUUAGAAGUGAUGAUGUCUUUAAUAGUUGAACAGCCAUUGAGUAUUGCAUCUGGUGGCUCCAAUAGGACUAAUUAUGAAGCCGGUUUUGAUUCCAAAGACACAAGCAACAAGAAUGAAAUAACUGUAACGACUAAGGAUAAGGCUGGAGCUGGAGCUUUGACAGCCAUUGUAUUGAUCAUUUUACUAGCUGGUUCUAUAUGGAUGGUGAUUUGA